AGGUCAGCUGUUUGAGCAGGUUGCUGUAGUUCAGACUCAUCAACUUCACUGGCGAGCUGUGUGCACUCAUGUGUUAGUCACACGGUUAGAAACAAAGGUCACCAAAUGUUCUCUCAGUCCGUCACAAACAUCCAGGAUGCUGAAAACACCAGACGUGUUGCUUCUCUUCCUCUGUGUUGUCGGGGCAGCGGAUGCCCUGCACAAACAGUGGAUUCCCGACACCAACUAUGAAAAUAAGACCAACUGGGACAAAGAUGCUGUUCCAUGUGGCAACGACAGAGUUCAGUUUCUAGCCCAGAGGAAAGUGUCUGUGUUCGUGGAGACCACGCAUGCCGUGCAGGAGAUGAGGCUGCCAGUCGAGGGAGAGUUCAUCCUGAAUUCAGGAGCUGGAUUUUAUGUCGUGAGCGGACAAGAUCCGGGCUGUGGAGCGGGUGUCACGACCCAGUUUAAAGAUUCAGAGUCCCUUAAGUGGUUUAACCCAGCUCUGUGGCAGGCAGCUGCAACUCUGGAUGACUUGCAGCGUGGAAACUUCUUAUUCUCAGUUCACGAGGAGAGCGUCCCUUGCCGGUAUGACGAUGUGGUUUUUCGAGCCCGCUCCUCUUUCAGGGUGGACACCAGCUCCAGUCAGUCAAGCAUUCCUGUCAAAUCUGUGUCUGUGCUGGGGAAGAAGUUUGACAGCAGCUCUGAGUUCUCCCAGUAUCUCAGCUCACGCUCAGGCCGGCUUCAGUUUCAUGGAUCCUCUGCCGUCACCGUUGGAAACCAAGAGUGUGGGGAUCCUUCUGGCUGCGACUGUGGAAAUUCUGCAAACCACGAGAAGAUCUGUAGCACCGUUACAUGUUCCUCUCUGAGCUGUAAGAAGCCCCUCCGCCCUGCAGGACACUGCUGUGAUGUUUGUGGUGCCAUUCUCACCAUCCAUUAUGCUGCUAGUUUCAACCUGCAGAGUUACAGGCAGCGAAUCCAUCACCUAUUCCUCACCCUGCCACUGUACACGUCUAUUCAGCUGGGCAUGUCUAAAGUCUUCAAGUCACAGCGGUUGAUGGGGGUCAUCCCUUUUGGUACCACACCUGAGAUCCAGGUGGUUAUCAUGGACGGAGAGAAGGGAACACAGGCAGAGAGUCUGGCCUGGGACAUACUGAACGAUGCCCGCUCUCAAGGCUCCAACCUGGGGAUCACUAAGGCUGAGUUUCAAGCCUCCUCUGGAAACGGCAGUGAUCAGAGUGGAGUCAGUGCGGGGUUGGUGGUCGGAGUUGUGUUUGGUGUUUUGAUUAUGCUCACACUCAUCACCGCCUUGAUCGUCCUGGUUCGUAAGGGCUUUGUUCAUAUGCCGUUAUCACUGCCGUCUAGCUUCAGGAGAAGAACAAGCACUGUUGGAGAGCUCGGUGGGCCUCUCGACCACGGCUUUGCUAAUCCCAUUUUUGACAAGCCCGACAUGCUGCAUAAUAUUCCUGGUGUGAAUACAUUUGAAUCAAAUAAUUCAAUCUCCCUGACUCAGACAGGUGUGCACUUUGUAAAUCCAGUUUAUGACGAGAAAGAAACUGAUUUUAGCGCCUGAAGUUGACCUCAGGGAACUUUUAAGCGUGUUAAUGAUUUCCAAAGUAAAUUUGUAUUAUCUUGAUGAUUUUACAGACCUUUCAUAAAUCCUCAUAUAGCUUUUUAAUGGUUCUGAAUGUGCACUCGUAAGACAAAUA